AUGGAGGUGCUUGCGUUCUGGCAGCGUGCGUGCGGCGAUGUCAACCGCACCCGCGCGCUUUCCAAUUGCGGCGUGGCGGACGUGCCGCUACACUCUGUAGAGAGCACCGGGGCCUAUUCGCUGUCCCAGGAGCAGCUCUUCUGCUGCAGUGAGGACCGUAUGGAAACGGCCAGGCGCGCUCUACACAGCUUGAAUGAUCUCCUCUACACCCCUGUCGACACAAGUGCGGCGGCCGGCGCGCCCUGCGUCGGCUACCCUUGCUGGGUGCGACCGGAGCAGUACACAACAGUGGUGGCACUUGCACGAGUUUGCGAGGCCGCUGUGCCGGUGCAGCUUCCGCCGAUGCUGCGCCUGUCUAGCUGUCCAGCCACCGUGUGCCAGCAGAGUUGUAUGAGCUCGGACGAAAAAGAGACCACCACUGUCCGUAGAGGGCCUCUAUUGUGGACCCUUCCUAUCGCCUUUGCCGGUGCCUCGACCAGACAUGCAUCGGCCGCCCUGUCAGGUGCCGCCGCUUGCGCGUCAGGGGCCACUGGGUCUAAAGGAGCCGCAGCGGGAGCACAGGACAUUGGUGAGGCCACGAUUGACCUGGUUCCCUCGCCAGUCCUGCUCGCCGAUGUGCACAGACGUCUUGGGUAUCUUCGCCGAUUCCGUCAACUGCAAGUCGUGUAUCGCGAGCUUAUCCCAGCGUUCCGAACGGCGUCGACUGUUACAGAGCUGCGACAAGUCUUCUUCACGCACGACGCGGCAGCGUGCCAGCUGCUAGGCCGAAUGUGCCAAGCUUCGCGGGAUGGGGCCUACCACGAGGCGCUCGCGGCGGAUCCCUCAGGAUACGGGCUCCGUCCACCUCCGAACAAGGCUGAGUUGAAUGAAGUGCUGUCUUGCUUCCUCGGCAACCCGCUCGUUUUGGACACGCUGCUCCCAUUUGUCGGGAUCACAGCCCGGUACCCGCAGGAGGAGGCACUCCUGCAGAGCUUUGUCGCGGCCCUGAAGGACAUGACAGCUGUGGAGACGGCAUCGUGGGGCCCUGUGGCGGCUAUGGUGUCGUGGCGGUGCACCGACGGCCUUUACGUGGUACACCACGCCUCGCGCGUGCACGUCUUGCGGCGGCUUCUGAAUGAGGCGCAGUUCUAUGGACUGCCUCUUUUUUUGAGGUCUAUUCGUGCGAUGGCGGGCAGCCACGCCGGCAGCGGUUUCACGUCGACGGCAAGGGAGGGAGGGUGGCAGCGCGCGGCUCUACUUCAGCGAGCACAGAGCCUCUACGCAGAUCAGUUCUUCCUCACCCCUGACGGCCUUGACCCGGAUCUCUUUUUCCAGCCGGACCCGAUGCAGGCGCAGCUGGUGCAGGAGGAGCUCGUCGCGCUCCAGCGCACGCACUGCGCCUUCUGCCUUGUUGUCGGGGAGGCGGACGAGGUGCUAACGCUCGUGCAACUGCACAUGCGGCACGUCGGCGGCGUGUGGCAGCACUGGGUACAGAAAGAAGAGGAGGAGUCGCUGUCAGGGGUAAAGGCUGAGCCGCUGGAUGACCGAGAUCCAACCGACGUGGAUGGGGCAGCGACCGCGCUCAGUAGCGAGGAUGCGGACAACAGUGGCAUCGCGAGCGCCAACGGACCCGGGCCUGCUGUGCCUCGUCCUCGUGUUCCGACGGACCCGCUACGCCGCUACGCCAUUCGCACUGUGGACGCCGCGCGGCGUCAUCAGCGGCCCGAAGCGUCGUCUGCUGGCCCUACCGCUGCGACGCCCCUACCCUUCAGCCACGUGCAGUGGAUCGAGCACGGCAGUGCUAAUCAUUGGUCGCCGAAUGCGCACUACUACGGUCUUGCGUAUAUGGUGGUGCUGGAGACGGAAGAGGAGUGGGCAACGGAAGAUGGCGGCCGGCUCGCGACGGAAGGACUGCUGCCGGAGUCGGCCAUCGUGAUGAAUGCGGAGACCAAUACCGCCGCGCUGCGCGAGGCGCGGGCGCCGGCGUACUGCGUGAAUGCAAUCCUCGAGCUGUGGCGCACUUAG